UUCACUAGCCAGCAGAAUCCUUCAUUUCCUGCCCCUUAUCCUCAACUUUCUUCUUCUAAACCCUCCUCUUCCGCUUCCUCUUGUACUUCAAGAUAGAAACAUGUCUAUCACAUCGUCGAUACCUUUGUUGAAGACCCUAACAAUGGCAGAAUCACGCCUUCUCUCGCUGCCAUCUUCAAUCUCCAACAAAACCAAGCACCCUUUUACCUCCAUUCCGUCCAAACCCUUUCAACUUCAGGUUUCUUGCUCCAAUUCCUCUCUCUUUUUACCACCUCUGUCCCUUACCCUCACUAGGAAAACCCACAAUUUAUCUAUACUCACAUUCGUAGCCCAGACUUCGGACUGGGCUCAACAGGAGGAAGACAACACCGUCACCAUAGAUGAAGAAGAAAAUCAAGACUUGGAUGACCCAGAAGCUCGUCUUUCGGAUUGGGAUGUUGAUGGUGAAGGCGCGGCAAUUGAGGGUAGCGAGGGCGAAGGAGAGAGUAAUGAAGAUGAUGAAUUUUUGAAGGACGGUGAUUUCUCAGAACCACCGGAAGAUGCAAAACUUUUUAUCGGUAAUUUGCCUUAUGACGUUGACAGCCAGAGAUUAGCAAUGCUUUUUGAGCAGGCUGGAACGGUGGAAAUUGCCGAAGUUAUUUAUAAUAGGAGCACUGACCAAAGUCGUGGGUUCGGAUUUGUAACGAUGAGUACAGUUGAGGAAGCAGAGAAAGCUAUUGAAAAGUUCAAUCGCUACGAUCUCGAUGGAAGACUGUUGACUGUUAACAAGGCUGCUCCCAGAGGAACACAGCCAGAACGCCCACUGCGAUCCUUUGAACCAUAUUUCAGAGUCUACGUAGGCAACUUGCCAUGGGAUGUCGAUAAUGGUCGCCUGGAGCAGAUUUUCAGUGAACAUGGUAAGGUUGUCAAUGCUCGGAUAGUCUAUGACAGAGAGACUGGUCGCUCUCGUGGUUUUGGCUUUGUCACUAUGUCCAGUGAGACAGAAAUGAAUGAUGCCAUUGCUGCUCUUGAUGGUCAGAGUUUGGACGGGAGGGCAAUUAGAGUAAAUGUUGCUGAGGAAAGGCCAAGGAGAGGUGGCUUUUGAUUGGUGAUUAAAUACUCCCAAAAUAAAGCUGUUAUUUGGUUUUUCCCCCGUAGCUGAGGAUAAUAUAGUGCCAAUUUUCUUCCCUGAAUAUUCCAUUUUGCUUUGUCUAUUGUCUUUUUUUCUUCUUUUUAAAUUUAUCACUGCUGCCAGUUUGAGAUUAGAUUUACAUGUCACUGCUAUGAAUUUGAUGCGCUGAUGAACAUGAUUAAAGGUAUGAUUUCGGAUUCCAGCGAUACUAAAGCACUGUUUUUGUUGCUAUUUAUUGAUGGAAAUAUGAUAAUUCAUGCAA